CUGGAGGCCAGCACCUGGUAGUGGGCCCCUAACCCCGUGAGAUUACCACACCCCAAGCAGCUUGUUCCGGGACAAACCGUACCAUAACGUGUUCCUGUCAGGGCUAACCGCAAGAUGUCGCCACACCGCCCCUGGAAAGUCCCGGAGGCCCAUUUUCCCCUUUUGCCCCUCCCCGCUUUUGCCCUAUAUAAGCUUGUAACGCUCAAAAAUAAAAUUAGACCUUGCCUACCAUCCUUUUGGUCUCACUCCUCCUUUUCACCCAUUCCCUUCAGCCAGGGUCCUCCUCGACCCCCCACGUAUACUGGCCCUGCAGGUCGGGGCAAGUGGCGCCCAACGUGGGGCUCGAGGUUCGGACUUCUGCCAGGCGGACCAGCAUUGAGAAACGAUUCGUCGCGACCCCCUCCUUCUCAUCGCUCAUGAAGAGCCCCUGCGUUUUGAUGAGGUCUGCCCUUGGUUUAUGGUUACCGGCCCAGAUAUUCAUCCGGGAAAGUGGCAGAAGAAAAUGACGAUCCUCGUAAUUUUCCUCCUGUUCCGUGGGAGCCACGGUGGUUUUCAAUCUCCUGACCCAGUAGCGCUCAGCCGUGCCCUCUUUGGAAGCCCUUGUGACUGCGGCGGGGGCACGUUCACUGUCCGUCCCGCCACCUACACGCAAGAAGUGGACUGCGGGGAAAAGACAGCCUACCUCGCCUACCGUCAUUCUAUCACGGGCGUCUCCAAACCCAAGUGGGAAUGCGUAAGGAAGCCCCGAGUUAUCCCUCCGAAUGGUGGCCAGCCCGGGCCUUGCCCCAGUGAUUGCAACUACCUUGAGGCCUUGCACUCCACAUGCUAUAGUUCUACCCAGCAGUGCAGUGGCAGCUCAGGAACAGUCUAUCUUACUACAAUACAGGAAAGAGAAUAUGGUGGCUCCACAGGAGGGGACUGGGCGCAUAUAACUAGCCAAGGCCUACGUGGAAGUACCAAUAAGUAUGCUCAGGCUUCCUGUCGUAAAGAAAAUAUUGGAAAAAAUGUCUGUUGGCCCCUUCAUGCACCUGUCCAUAUCUCUGAUGGGGGUGGCCCUACAGACCAAAUUAGGGAACAUGAGGUUAGGGAACGAAUAAAUGAAAUAAUUAAGAGUAUGUAUCCCCCCAUCCAUUACCAUCCACUUGCACUGCCCAAACCCCGGGGAACGGACCUAGAUGUCCAAACUUCAGAAAUCCUUGAAGCAACACUUAAGGCCCUUAAUUACUCUAACCCUGAUUUGGCUGCCGAUUGCUGGCUGUGUAUGGCCCUUGGCACACCUAUGCCCAUAGCUUUGAUGUCCAAAAAUGGCUCCACAUCCACAAAUUGCACACUUAGUCCACCUUUUAAGGUACAACCUGUUGGUCUCCGCCCCUCUCCUUGUAUCCAAGCCCCAUUUCAGAAUUCCACUGCUGAUAUUGAUGUUGGUUUUGCUACCUUUGCUAAUUGCUCUGAAGUCAAAAACUAUACCUCACAGGAACCUCUCUGUCCCCUGCCGGGACAACUUUUCGCCUGUGGGGGAAAUAUGGCCUACUCUGCUCUCCCCCAGAAUUGGACAGGACUCUGCACACAAAUUUCAAUCCUCCCUGAUAUCGACAUCAUUCCGGGAGAUGAGCCUGUCCCACUGCCCAGUUUUGAUUAUAUUACUGGAAGACCCAAGAGGGCUGUUGCAUUUAUCCCCCUCCUUGUUGGCCUUGGGAUUACAGGGGCACUCGCUACCGGCUCUGCCGGCAUAGGAGUUGCUGUUGAUUCAUAUACAAAACUAUCCCAUCAAUUUCUUAAUGAUGUGCAAACCCUCUCGGGGACGAUAAAUGACCUUCAAGACCAAAUUGACUCCCUGGCGGGAGUCGUUCUUCAGAAUAGGAGGGGCCUAGAUUUACUCACGGCAGAACAAGGGGGAAUUUGCUUAGCCCUACAAGAAAAAUGUUGCUUCUAUGCAAAUAAAUCUGGGAUAGUGCGGGAUAAAAUCAAAAAACUGCAAGAGGAUCUGAUUGAAAGACGCAGAAAACUUUUUGAAAAUCCCCUCUGGAGUGGCUUGAAUGGAGUCCUCCCAUACCUCCUCCCUCUUCUUGGACCUUUAAUUGGUCUCCUCCUACUUUUUUCUUUUGGACCUUGGGCCUUUACCAGACUAACCUCUUUCAUUAAGACGCAGAUUGAGGCUUCUCUUAAAAACACCGUCAAUAUCCAUUACCACCAACUUGCUUCGUCAGAAGAUCCUACUGAUACCAUGGAAGAGGGUCUCCAGUUCUCGAAGCUCGUGCAUCCGGAAUCUCGCUGCUCGCGGUGGUGGAGAAAUAUUAAGGAUAAAAAGUGAUCUGGCAGCUGUGAGAGAGCCCAUGACGGGAAUAUUGAGGUCCCAUGUUUCAAAAAAAGAUCAGCGCGGCUGCAGUUGUUUCCCCAUGACGGGAAUAGAGUGAGGCCAUGAUGGGUUACAUCGUGGGGUCCCCCUCGCUUAGCCUAAGACAGGGACCACUGCCACUAAUGCGCUUUGAACAUGGAGGCCGACCUCAUAGCCUAAGACAGGCCUCUCACCUGCUAUUUUAAAUACAAAAUGGGGGACAUGCUGGAGGCCAGCACCUGGUAGUGGGCCCCUAACCCCGUGAGAUUACCACACCCCAAGCAGCUUGUUCCGGGACAAACCGUACCAUAACGUGUUCCUGUCAGGGCUAACCGCAAGAUGUCGCCACACCGCCCCUGGAAAGUCCCGGAGGCCCAUUUUCCCCUUUUGCCCCUCCCCGCUUUUGCCCUAUAUAAGCUUGUAACGCUCAAAAAUAAAAUUAGACCUUGCCUACCAUC